CUCUGUUUAUUUCUGACGUUCCUUCUUACCCCGUGCACCAGUCGAACAUCGUGCGACCGGGGAAAAGGGGCGCGGCACUGUUGUCUUCCCCGAUCUCUCUGCCGUUCCCUUCACUUUCGGCACUGCGAUGGGGAAACGAGACACGCGGUACGCGUUCAUGAACCCGAUCGCGAUGGCUCGCAUGCGCGGGCCCUCCGGACCGAGCGGGCCGACCAUCAAGGACUACCUGAGCCGCAACCGUCCCACCUGGGAAGAAGUGAAGCGGAUCAUCGAGAAGAAGAAGCAGGGGUCCAGCACGCUAGCCGCCUGGGAGGAACACCUGAACAGCAAGUUCGAAGAGGAACUGCGCAAAAACCGGGAGCGAGUCAUGGCGGAACGCGCUUCGACAUCGAGCGACGCCGGCGCUUCGUCGUGCUCCAAGAGCAAGAAGCGACGGCGUAGAUCGUCUUCUUCGUCCUCCUCUUCUUCCUUAUCGUCGUCUUCGACGACCUCAAGCAGCAGGAGUAGCAGCCCGGCCCAGACGUCGAGCGCAUCGGAGAGCGGGCGCCACGACUCCGAGCACCGCAAGCGAAAGAAGCGGCGUCACAAGCACAGGAGCAAGAACCGUUCCAAGUCGUCCUCAUCCAACAAGGAACAUCCUGCGACAACGUCUGAGGACAGAACCGGAGACAGGGACCACUCGAAGAAGAAGAAAAAGAAGUCCAAAAAGAAGCACAAGAGGCACAAGAAGGAGAAAUCGGAGUGAUUAAAACAAUAAGUUGUGGUGCAAUCAUUCAGCUAAAGACACGUGAGAGUGACCAUAGGACCAUCCUGAGGUUUUCUUUUAUUUAAGUCCCUGGUGCUGAAAGUGUCGGAGAAGGAGCGGCGUCUGUGAUUCUAGUUGCUUGCGCAUCGGAUGUGUUAUAAAACAGACCGUUUCUGUUGCCCACUACGUCGUGGGGUCUGGCGGUAUAAAAAACGACGUGGCGCCUGACUGUACAGACGCGUUCGAAACUCCACGACAGCGGGGACGAUAGAUAACGCUACAGACUUCGCGAUCGCGCUCGUUUGCAUGCAUGAAACGUAUCACACGCGCAGCUGUUCCUAUGCCGCACCCUGAAUUGCAGGAUUCGACAGCCGUCUAGACGGGCUCAUUAGACGGAGGUUUUUGUCAUCCGAGCUCGCGAAGUGCGCUAGCCGGAAUGAACCUUGAUCUACAAAGUGGAUGCCGAAAAUUACUGACCGACUCGAGGCCUAUUGAAUGCAUACAAAGCUGUGCGCCGUUGAUUGUGAACCGGAAUCGAGAAACACCAAUAGCCGUUUCGUUAGCGACUGGCAUCGGGAAUUGGUGAAGCCCGGUUUUUAAACACGCACACACACACAACUGUGCUCAGUUUUUACCAGUUCACGAGUAAAGCGAAGUUAUCCGACCUGGGAAACUGUGGUCUUUCGCCUGAAGCGUUACGCUUGUGUCACACUCGGCACUUUUUAUUGGCAUCAAGGGUUGCGAUUGGUAGCGGUGUCACACGAGCACUUUUAAUCCCGAUCAACUAUGGUCGCCGCUACACGGCCUCCCAACGAAUCCGGAUUGAGCUUCGCACAGAUGUCAGUCAAAUCGGGAUCUGGCUCCCAAAUCGCGAUUGAAAGUGACCUUGUAGCAGCUCCUGAUCCAGAUCGCUCCUUAUCUGUGUCCUCAUCCGGAUCGGCCCUGAUCACGAUUAGAAUGGCGCGUGUGACACCAGCAUGAGAGAGCCAUUUGCAAUCGCCAAGAUUGAUCACCAUCAGGCCCCCAUUUGGAUCGAAUUUCUCGACUGGCAUUCGCUUCCUCUCAGAUUUCAUGCAAAUAAGGCAAUCGUAAUCAACACACUUGAUCAGAACUGUACUGUGUCUCACUUACUUGACACACGUUCAUUUGCCCGGUUCAAUUCCAUUUCCUUUGAUCUCAUAAUUACUACUACACAAUUAAAAACUACAAAUAAUACCCGGUAUGCUUGAGCAUACAGGGCAUUACCUGCUUGAGCUAAUCGAUUUUUGCUGCGUGUAUUGCAUUUUGCCCAGCUCUUUAUUCUGUCUCAUUGUGAAAGCCUCUCUCGCUACAUAGGGUAACUCAGGUCUGGAGUGACCCCUGCUGCAUCUUAUACCAUCUUUUAUUUUCUGCCGGCCCUUAGAAACACCUCUUCCUAAUCUUAGCAAUGGAUAAACUUAAAACUCCCAUCAGCUUCAGAUGCCAGCACCUCUGCAAACGCUGAUUUUCACUAGUCUUGGCUGGAUGAUUAUCUUUGUCAAUGCAGAAGGACUUGUUUUUGAGUGAAUUGGUGCUUCAAUUGCUUAGGAUUCCUUAGUCAAGCAUACCUAAGCAAUUUUUGUCAUUUUGUCACAAUGCGCUGAGGACGUUGCAUAAGAACGGCUGCCUCGUAAGCACUGUGGUUGCCACAGAAACUACUACAUCGAGCUGAGCAGUAUUGAGGAUAAAUAUCAGCUGAGCAGUGUUCUCGGAUCAUCACUUUCGUGGACACUUUCACAAGAUUUCACGAGACCAGAGCUGGACGUGUAGGGCACCUACGGGGCACGGCAAUCUGGCAUUGUGCCAUCUGUGAUAAGACAUCACGCGAGAAGCGGUGUUCUUAGAUGCAACUCAUUCGGCAAUAACCUUGUGAAAUCUCAUGGAAGGGAAGGUAUUGCUGAUAGCAAUUGCUCAAGAAGAUUGCCACUGAUAACCACGGUGUGCAGUUUUCAGCUACCUUAAGAUGAGUGCACUGCUGCUAUUGAGUGCCACAGCUCCUGUGGCACCAUAACAAAAAAAUUCAGGGCGAGAGUAACUGUGAUUUUGGGUCAUUUCACUGGUAUUUUCGAGGUGUCUGCGGCCGAUAGCUAGGGUUAGUGUACACCACCGUAAUUCAUUGACAUGCUGAGAAUAGAUCUCGAGCAACAGUGCAGCCUGGAAAAAAUAUGCGCUGCUCGGCCACUUGAGAUGGCGCAUACGCAUGUUGCUUGCUACUGGUGGCAUCAUAACUGUAUUUCAUAUCAAAGUGGUGUAAAAGGUAGUUGCGUGUGGGCCAAAAGAAACCAGCUUUCACUGCAGAGCAAGGUCAUCUACUACAUGCUAGUCUCAAAAGCAAAUGCUGUGCUGCAUGCAUAUGUGUUCAACUUAGAAUUGUUUCCAAUUGUGUGUGUGGAGGAGUGAUGGAGAGGAGGGCUGCAUUUUCUGAGCCCAUUGGUUGUGCUGCUCUUGUGCACUUUGCAAUCAGAAGCACCAGAUACUGCAAAUGGGACAGUUCUUGCUGUUGUCUUGUCUGAAGUAUCAAAGAGCGCUGUAGUAGGGUUCUAUUCUUGAAACUAUGCUACACUAGCAUAAGGCAGAUGAGCUGAGAAAGGAUGACGGGACGUGAAAGUGCAGUGUAUCGUGUUGUACUCAACACCGCCACGAUAGCUUAGCUGGUCGAGUAUCGCACUGCUGAGCUCAGGAAUGCGGGUUCGGUUCCUGGCUACUGCAGCUGUAUUUCAACGGGUGAAAAAAUGCGAGAAUCUGGCAUUUCCCACUGCGGCAUGUUUCAUAAUCAGAUGGUGGU